AUAAUAAUAAUAAUAAUAAUGAAUAUAGACGGUUGCACGUGUCGGCCCGACGUGGCUGUGGUCCAGUGUUCCAUGUAUAAGUAACCAACAAGAGCUGCAUUUCUUUAUGCCCGACGUAGCAUGGGCAGCACCAGCAGCAGCAGCACGGCCAAGCCCAUGGAAGCCCUCCGUUCCGGGAGCGUCGUCCCCAAUGUGGUCACCGUGCUGCUGCUCCUCUCCAUGGGCUUCGUCCUGGGCAUGGUAUACAACGCCAACUUCCAGGAAUCCCAUCCCACACCUCUCCUGCAGCCGCUGCCUUCUCUCCUACGGUCGUCGACGCCGCGGCCAUCGCCAGCUCCGGUGGUAGCUUGCGGCGUCGGGCCCUCUCCCACGUCGCCGCAGUCCCCGCCGGUGGGAAUGGGGUUCGCCGACUUCCUCGCGCCGAGUGGCGGCGGUAUGAAGCACAACAUGACCGACGAGGAGCUGUUCUGGAGGGCGUCCAUGGUGCCGAUGAUCGCCCGCGUGCCGUGGCGCAUCGUGCCCAAGGUGGCCUUCAUGUUCCUGGUGACGGGGGACAUGCCGCUGCGGCCGUUGUGGGAGAAGUUCUUCGCCGGACACGAAGGGCAAUACUCCAUCUACGUGCACGCCAGCCCUGCCUACACCGGGUCGCCGCCGGCCGACUCCGUCUUCUACGGUCGCAUGAUCCCAAGCCAGAACACGAGCUGGGGUGACAUGAACCUGGUGGACGCGGAGCGGCGGCUGCUGGCGACUGCGCUGCUGGACCUCGGCAACGCGCGGUUCGCGCUGCUGUCGGAGACGUGCAUCCCGCUCCUCCCCUUCCGGGCCGCCUACGCGUUCCUCACCGGCGCCAACGCGAGCUUCAUCGAGAGCUUCCCGACCCGGGCGCGGCACGCGCCCUUCUUCGCCCGGCGCAACGUCAGCCGCGCGCAGUGGCGCAAGGGGUCGCAGUGCUUCGAGAUGGGCCGGGCGCUCGCCGUGGAGGUCGUCGCCGAGGAGCGGUACAUGGCCAUGUUCCGCGGCGACCACGGCAUGGCCAACAUGCUGGAGCACUACAUGCCGACGCUGGUGAGCCUGCUGGGCUGGGGCGCGCGCGCCGCGAACCGGACCCUCACGUACACCAACUGGCCGAGGCCGGGCCCGCACCCGGAGAGCUACGGCGGGAGCGCCGUCACGGCGGAGCUGCUGGAGGGGAUGAGGCGUGGGAACGGGGGAUGCGGCUACGGCGGCGGGGCGGCUGAGUUCUGCUUCAUGUUCGCGCGCAAGUUCUCCGGGGACGCGCUCGGGAAGCUGCUCGAGCUGGCGCCCAAGGUCAUGGGGUUCGGCUAAGGUUUUGCAUGGAGUAUAAUAGCAGAAAGUCAGUUUGAACGUUAACCGUACCUAGCAGAUAUCCAUCCAUACAUUGUUCAAGAUUCGUCCUACAGCAUGCCCACUCAGAUAUAUCUUGCAUUCCUAA